AAUACUUCAAGGCGGGCAGCUCAUUGCUGGGCAUUGGCUUCAUGGUGUGCAUCAUGUUGCUAUCGCAAAUCGUUUUCAGCGGCUCCGAUUACUUUUCCAACUUCUGGACGCAGCAGGAGCAUCUACGCUCCCAAAGCGAGCCCACCAGUCUGAGCACCUAUGAAUGCAUGUACAUCUAUGGAGGUCUCAUUUUGGGUGUGGUCUUCAUGACUACAUUUCGCGGUUACCUGUUUCUCAAGGCAUGCAUGCAUGCAUCGAAAGUCUUGCACAAUCGAAUGUUCCGUUGCAUUUUGCAUGCGAGCAUGCGGUUCUUCCACAAUAACACCUCCGGCCGAAUACUCAAUCGCUUCUCGAAGGACAUUGGCACCAUGGACGAAUGGCUGCCUCGACAUAUGCUCGAGUUUAUACAACAUAGUUUGGUUAUAUUCGGUAUAUUGGCCUUGAUUGUCGUUGUAAAUCCGAUGCUGUGUCCCGCUGUAGUGGUUGUAACUCUCCUGGAUAUGCUCAUACUGAAGGUGUAUCUGCGACCCUCGCAGGACCUGAAGCGCAUGGAGGGGAUUUGUCGAAGUCCCGUGAUUUCACAUUUGACAUCAACUUUAUCUGGCAUUUCGAUUAUUCGCUCUCGCCAGAUGCAGAGCACAGCUAUCAGGGAAUUCGAUCUGCUGCAGGAUGUGCACAGCGGCGUUUGGCACUUGGCAGAGGCCACAAACACGGCGCUCGGACUGUGGGUGGAUACAAUCAAUUCGGUAUUUCUCGCAGUUGUUACAUUUAGCUUUAUUGGGCUCAGCGGAGCCACUUUCAGCGGCAAUGUUGGCUUGGCCAUCUCUCAAGCCAUUCUUCUCUCUGGCAUGGUUCAGUAUUGCGUUCGAGAGUUCGCCGAGUCACUCCAGCAAAUGACAAGUGUUGAACGGGUACUGGAGUACACGGAAUUGGAGCAGGAGCAGUCGCCACACAGUGAUAACAAUGAGCUUUCCCCACAUUGGCCACAGCAUGGAAAGAUUGAAUUUCGGGACAUGAGCUUACGCUAUGAUCCAAAUGGAUUAGCUGUGCUCAAUCACCUCAAUCUAGUUAUCGAGCCCGGCUGGAAGGUGGGAGUCGUGGGUCGCACGGGAGCAGGAAAGUCCUCGCUUAUUGGGGCACUCUUUCGUCUGGCAUACAUUGAUGGUGGCAUCUACAUAGACGACAUCGAGACGGGCAGCAUCUCACUGGAGACACUACGUACACGCAUUUCCAUUAUACCACAAGAUCCUGUGCUCUUCUCGGCCACCAUUCGGUAUAAUCUGGAUCCCUUUGGACGGUACAGCGACUUGAAACUGUGGUCUGCUCUCGAAGCUGUUGAACUGCGAGGAGUGAUUCCUAGUCUGGACUUCGAGGUCACCGAACGUGGUAGCAAUUUCAGUGUGGGUCAACGACAGCUCCUUUGCUUGGCACGUGCGAUCCUGCGCAACAAUAAAAUCCUAGUGCUGGACGAAGCAACUGCAAAUGUGGAUCUACUCACCGAUUCACUGAUCCAGCGUACGAUUCGUGACAAGUUUCAGACCUGUACAGUUUUGACUGUCGCACACAGAUUGCACACUGUCAUGGACUCGGAUCGCAUUGUAGUAAUGGACGCCGGCAAUGCAGUGGAGUUUGAUGUACCACAUGUGCUGCUACAGAAACCACACGGAGUACUUACACAGAUGGUGGAGGCAACUGGCGGCGAGGCCGAUGCACUGCGGCAGCUGGCCAGCAAAUCAUUCGAGGAAAUGCUGCAGCCAGGCGGCAAGAAAAUAACGGACGAGAGACACUUGCUCAUGCUGCUGGAGCGAACUGCAGAAAUUCUCAUUGACAACCAAGUGCCAUCGUAGAGACCUCGAGUCU